GCGGUAAUGCACCUUUCUGUUUUAAAAACAUUGUUAAACACCAAGAAGAAGAAGCAGCACAAACUCGUGGUUUUGUUAUCGUUUUAGUGCGAAAUUCUCAGCGUUAUCACUCCAGCUAAACAGCCAUCUCACUGUCUAGCCAACGUGAAUUAUCUAUAGUAAAAGGUGUUUCUUCUCUUAUUGGUAUGUCUAUGUAGUAUGGAGGUCGAAAAUACUUUCAAACAAUGGAAGAAACAGUGUUUGAACAAGAUUGACUUCAGCAAGAAGGGAAGUGUUGAUGAAGACAUUACAAACAUCGUUAGUGUGUUAAACGAUUCCGAGAAGUAUUUUACAACGAGCUCCUGCUCCGGACGAAUAAUAGUGAUAGACGGAGGAUGCAAUUCCUACACGCAAUCACCCAAUAUGGAUGUAGCUACCCUCAAAUCAAAGGUUUCAGACUGUCUGGACGUGCAAAAACAGAACUGUUCCUGGCUUUUUGUCACCCACCAGAAAUGCCAGAAAACUGAUUUGGUCACAGCGUUGGAGAGGUCCUGUGGUGAUGUCAUCUUUAAGUUUGAGCCCUUUAUUCUUCACGUGCAGUGCCGACAGCUGGGAGAUGCCCAACUCCUGCACUCAGUGGCUGUCGAAUCUGGCUUCCGAAACUCUGGAAUAACUGUUGGCAAGAAGGGUAAAAUAAUAAUGGCUGUGCGCAGUACCCACUGCCUUGAAGUUCCACUCAGCCGCAAAGGGCAGGUCCUGGUGAGCUCUGACUACAUUGAAUUCUUGGUGGAAGUAGCCAAUCAAAAAAUGAUAGAAAACCUCAGAAGGAUAGAAAGAUUCUUUGAAUGCCUGCAGUCUGCCAUGCAUCACGAAGACCUUCAUUGCACGAGUAGUGAAGCAGUGAAGGAAAAAUCAGUGUACAAGAGACGAAGGAAAAGGACGCAGGACAGUCCGGUCGAGGCCUGUCAGAGUAGCAAUGAUGCCACACUUAGUGAUGAGGAUAAUGGGCUUCAGAAUGGAAUGGACCUGUUCACAUAGAUCCUGAAAUCUGUGUGGAAGAAUGACCCUGUGGGUCAUUAUUUUAUGUCAAAUAUUCACAUGUCUGAAACCCUGCAGUUUCUUUUGCGCUGGGCACAGUUUGAAAAGAAGUCCUGUAGGACCUGAAUGCAUGUAGUGGAACUCUACCAAACAAGAAUACUUUACUUGCUGAGAUUUCUUUAUACUAUAAAGCGUCUUGCAUCA